UGUGAGAAUCUUCAAGGUGAGGUCGAGAGCUUAGAAAAACUAGAGUGUGAGAGAGAGUGUUUGUUUGAGAGUGAGAGAAAGAAAAAAAGAUUUUGAGUGAAAUUAGGGUUUUACUUCUCAUUCUAUUUAUCUUAAAAGUGUCAAAAUCCUAGUUUCUUCGGUUUCCUUUCUUUUUAAUCGUCUGUCUUGCUUUAAAACACAAAUCACGACUUUCGUAUGAAGUGUUGUUUUAUGGAUUUAUAUUUUUUUUUUCAAAAUUCAUCCAGUAGACACACUUUAGCCAAAACAAAAUCAGGUGUUUUCUAGAAAUCAAGAUCCUAAAUACUAUGAUUUUUCGGUCAUUUAACAUUCUUUUUGUUGAUUUAUAGAGUUGAUCAACUUCGUGGGCAUUUUUGAGUUCCCUCAAGUUUGAUCCUCUUUUUAUUUAUUUAUUUGUGGAUAUAUUUCCAUAGUUUUGAUCUAAUGGAGGUUGCUUAUUUCAAACCUCUUUGAUCCAAUUUAUUUCUACAAAAAAAAGUAAUCCAGUCUUUGAAGUUUUUUCCUAAAAAAGACAGGGUUUCUUUUAACAGGUUUCUAAAUAUAAUAUUUUGUUCUUGUAGCAUAUCUUUUUUUGUUUCAGGAACCUCUCAUGGCGGAUUUCUUCAGUAGCAGCCAUGGCGGCGAACUAAUGGAAGCACUUCAACCUUUUUACAAAAAUGCUUCCACAACUGCUUCAGACUCCGCGUUUGUAUCUUCAAACGCUGCAUUUGCGUCCACGCCAAAUGAUCCCUUUUCUUUUUCUUAUUAUAAUUACCAGCCUCAAAAUAUCUCUUCCUUUUCCACAACCCACUCCGAUUAUGGAUCCUUCCCGGAUAUUUAUCCUGGAUCCAUGACCUAUCCAUCUUCAUUUCCCUCGAAUCUUCAAAAACAACCCGAUCAAAACUACCAAGCUCAGUUUCAUUACCAAAACGAUUCAACAUAUACUCACCAAGACAACCAUUAUAUGCUCAAUUUCGUCGACCCAAACAACUCAGAUUUUUUAACCCAACCUGAUCCGGUUCCAAGUUCGGGUUCAGUUCCAAAGCCGAGUAAACUCUAUCGUGGAGUGAGGCAAAGGCACUGGGGAAAAUGGGUUGCUGAAAUUCGUUUACCCAGGAACCGAACUCGUCUAUGGCUCGGAACAUUCGACACAGCCGAGGAAGCCGCGUUGGCCUAUGAUCGUGCAGCGUUCAAGCUUCGCGGUGACUCAGCUCGACUGAAUUUUCCGGCUCUACGAUACCAAACUGGUUCAUCUCCCUCUGAUAUCGGCGAAUACUACGGACCUAUUCAAGCUGCCGUUGACGCCAAGCUCGAAGCCAUUUUUGCUGAGCCUAAGAAUCAGCCAGGAAAAAAAGAGAGAACGUCGAGAAAUAGAGCUAAAGCUACGCCUUCUUCGAUUGAUCAUUCCACGCCUCAACAACAAUCAGGGCCAGGCGAGAGUGAUGGGUCAGGUUCACCGCCUUCGGAUAUGAAGGCGCUGGAGAUGUGUGUAGAGACACCGAUUCCGUGGAAUGAUAAUUUCAUACUUGGAAAGUGUCCUUCUUACGAGAUCGAUUGGGCUUCUAUAUUAUCGUGAAAAUUUAUGAUUUAAUUAAUUAUUCUUUAAAUCAAGAUGUUGUAUUUGUGUUUAAAUUUCUAGUGGUCUUAGUUGUGCCUACUUUCAAAUUUGUGAUUUAGGAAAGUAUAAACUGUAAAUUAUGAAAAGUAGAAGGUUUUUGUUCAUGUCGUACCAUGCAGAUCUUUUCAUUUAAAUACUAAAAAUUUAAUUUGGUUGGUAAUUUUUUGUUUGAAAGGCUUUUUUUGGUUGGUUGGUAAUUGGUAUCAAAAUUUCCCUCUCUUCUAUUGUCUAAUUCAACAUAGCCAAAAAUAAAUGGUAUAAAGGCGUAUAUGGAUGAUCAUCAGUUUGCAAGGAUUUUAUGGUACAUUUAGAAGAAACAGAAUAAUAAAGUUUUUAGUAAUAUUGAUGUUGAUCCUCGAGAUCCCAUGAAACUAGGAGAGACUGAAUCUCAACUAUGGGCAGAGGCUCAGGCCUCAGCUACAGGUGGAACAACCCAUGUGCAAGAAAUGGACGAAAUAAAUUUACCCUUAAUCCCGGGUCACUGGUGUUUCACGAAUGAAUCAUGGAAAGAGCAUGAUUUAUUUUUGGGACGGGGCUGGUAUAGCACGCUACCGGGUUUCGAGGGACUAAUGGGGGCAAGAACACAAGAGCAAGUCUUUUGCCUUUACACUAAGAGAUGGAAGCUCUCAUAUGGACAAUGGAAAGCAUAAAGAACUUACGUCAAUAUCAUUUUACUUAUGCGACGGAUUGUAUCCGGUUGGUGAAGAUGCUU